CUGAAAUUCAUGCGAAAAUCUGGGUUUUGUGAAAAGAAUAUUUGGAAUCCAAGAAAGGAUCCUGAUGCAUUAGCACAAUUCGGACCAUUAACAGUUAUAAUUUUUUAUCAGCUUUUCCAAAUUUCUGUACUGUUUGAAGUUCUUAACGUCCAGAGCCAGAAACUCAUAGAUGCAGUUUAUGGGUUACCAUGGGAGUGUAUGGAUGUCAGAAAUCAACGAUCUGUGUGCUUCUUGCUACAGAGGGUGCAAUCACCUGUACAGGUCACCGCCUUAGGAUCAACAAAAGUUGGUGUCGAACCUAUGGUUGGAAUUCUGAAGACAACAUUCUCUUUUUUCACCUUUCUACGAUCAAUAGUUUAAAAUGGAUUUUUCAUCGAACUUACUCUUGGAAAAGACAAUCACGCUGCGUCUUUUUAUUCAAGCACAUUUUUACAAGUUACGGCACGAAUAGAGUAUCAAUGUUUGGAUUUUUUUUAAAAUGAAUUUAGAAUUGUGUAAGCUUACUUUUCAAUAAAUUAGUGAAGUUCACUGUUUUUGAAGUCUUAUUACCCUUUGUCGACGCUUGUGUCUCCAAUU